AUGUCUGACGCUAUCAUCUCAUAUGCUGCUUUCAUCCUAGCUGAUGCCGGUUUGGACAUCACCUCUGAAAACUUAUUGAACAUUACCAAGGCCGCUGGUGCCUCCAUCGACAGCGUUUGGGCUGAAGUCUACGCCAACGCUUUGGAAGGUAAGAAUUUGAAAGACAUUCUCUCUGGAUUCCACAAUGCUGGCCCAGCUGUUGGUGGUGGUGCUGCUAGCGCUGGUGGUGCCGCUUCUGGAGAAGCCGCUGCUGAAGAAGAGGCCGCUGAAGAGGAAGCUGAAGAAUCCGAUGAUGACAUGGGUUUCGGUCUAUUCGACUAG